AGGGUUAGUUAGAAGCAGGAGCAGCGUUAGUUGUGCUGGAGGAUAUAGAAGCGUUUCUGUGGGGUUUAGAACUGCAGCUAACGCUACAUAGCGGACUGCAGUACAGCAGUGAUGGAGUUAGCUUAUCAAAUAAACCUUUGGAACUAUUACCUGAACGUGAUUCACAGGUUAAAGUGGGCAACAGGAUCUGAGAGUGUACAGUUUAGAGUUUAACCUUCCUCUGAGUCUGGGGUUAGUAGCGUUAGUUAGCUUAGCUUACAAGCUAUUUAAUUAGCUAGCUAGCUAAAUUAUUCGGGUACAGGGGUUUAUUAGCUAUCUAGCUAUGACUUAGGCUGUUUGUUUGUGAGGAAGUCUUGGAUCCGUCUGUUUACUUCUCUGCAUACUUUAUUUUGAGGGGAAGACUGGCAUGGCAAAGCCCUCCCGCCUUGUGAAACCAGUAGCUUUGACGAGAAUCCCCGGACGCUACCUAGCCCAUCAGGAGAGUCUCCCUAAACUCCCUGUGCCAGCCUUAAAGCAGACAUGCGACCGGUACCUAGCUGCUCUGGAGCCCAUUGUGGACUCAGAGGAGCUGCAGCACACAAAAAAGCUGGUGGAUGAAUUUCAGAUGCCUGGAGGAGUUGGAGAGAGGCUGCAGAAGGGCUUGGAGCGCCGGGCGCACAAGGCAAAUAACUGGCUCUCUGACUGGUGGCUACAGGUGGCCUAUCUGGACUACCGGCUGCCUGUGGUUAUCCACUCAAGUCCUGGAGUUGUCCUCCCUCGUUUGGAAUUUAAUGAUCGACAAGGUCAGAUGAGAUAUGCUGCUAAGUUGAUUGCUGGAGUUUUGGAUUUCAAGUCCAUGAUUGACAAUGAAACGUUGCCACUGGAAUAUCUGGGUGGGAAGCCGCUGUGUAUGAACCAGUACUACCAGGUGCUGUCCUCAUGCCGUAUACCAGGAACAAAGAGUGACUCGGUGGUGAACCAUGCACGAAACAAGAGGCCGCCAACUCACAUCACCGUGGUCCACAACUACCAGUUCUUUGUUCUGGAUGUGUACAACAGUGACUGCACCCCACUGACCGUGGAUCAGCUUUAUCUUCAGCUGGAGAAAAUAUGGAACUCCUCCCUUCAGACCAACAAGGAGCCAAUCGGCAUCCUCACCUCCAACCAUCGCAACAGCUGGGGAAAGGCCUACCACAACCUUAUUAAAGAUAAAACAAAUAAAGAGUCGGUUCGGGCCAUUCAAAAGAGUAUCUUCACUGUGUGUCUGGAUGCUCCAAUGCCUCGAGUCUCUGAUGAAAUGUACCGCAGUCGAGCAGCUGUGCAGAUGCUGCAUGGAGGGGGCAGCCGGUGGAACAGUGGAAACCGCUGGUUCGACAAGACACUUCAGUUUAUCAUCGGUGAAGAUGGAACGUGUGGUGUGAUUUAUGAACACGCGCCUGCAGAAGGUCCACCAAUUGUGGCACUAAUUGACCAUGUGGUAGAAUACACUAAGAAGUCAGAGAUGGUGCGCACCCCCAUGGUUCCACUGCCUAUGCCUCAAAAACUGCGCUUCAACAUCACACCAGAGAUUAAGAGGGACAUUGAGGAGGCCAAGCAGAACAUGAACAUAAUGGUUCAUGACUUGGAUGUGAAAGUCAUUGUGUUCCCCCACUUUGGCAAAAAUGUUCCAAAGUCUUAUAAGAUGAGUCCUGAUGCCUUUAUUCAGGUUGGUCUUCAGCUAGCCUAUUACAGGAUGUAUAAGCGUUGCUGUGCAACAUAUGAGAGCGCCUCUCUUCGCAUGUUCAGACUGGGUCGAACUGACACAAUCCGCUCAGCAUCCAUCGAUUCUGCCAAUUUUGUCAAAGCCAUGGAUGAUUCUGCCAAACAGAACCAGGAGAAGGUGACACUGCUAGAAAAGGCAGUGAAAGCUCACAGAUCAUACACGGAUAUCGCAAUCCGUGGGCAGGCCAUCGACAGGCAUUUGCUGGGCUUGAAGUUGCAGGCCAUUGAAGACUUGUCAGCGUUGCCAGAUAUCUUCAUGGACACGUCCUAUGCUGUUGCCAACCACUAUAAUCUUUCAACCAGUCAGGUGCCAGCAAAGACAGACUGUGUGAUGUGUUUUGGCCCAGUCGUCCCUGACGGCUAUGGUGUGUGUUACAACCCAAUGGAGCAGCACAUCAACUUUGCCGUGUCAGCGUUCAACAGCUGUGCGGACACUAACGCUGCCCGAAUGGCUCAGUCUCUGGAGGACGCUCUGCUGGACAUGAAGAACCUUCUGGAGCAGACGCCUAAAGCCAAGCUAUAAGAACACUUACUAACCCCACUGGUCUGAGCCUGAGGACAGGACCUGUUAAAGCCCUGAUAACUGACUAAUCACUUACAUCAAAUACAGCUGACUGUAAAUCAGUUUACAAAGUGCCCUUUUUUGGUGUCGCCACCAAAUUUGCUGAACUUUUUUGGAUGUUUUAGGGAACUGGUGGUUGAGGAGCACUUUCCUGUUGAAGGUCUCGUCCCUUCACAUGUUUCUUGAAUUGUUUGAAAAUUAAGUUCAUUUCAUUGUGUCAUAUUUCAGUUUUGUUUUGCCACAUGCAAAACUUGUUGCCAUUACAGCAGUGGAUGUCCUCCUUUUUUGACCACAAUAUAUUAAAUGGAAUAUAUUGUAUCAAAAUGGGCUAAAUUUUAAGAACCUAAAAAUAUAAUUCAUAACCAAGAAAUUUCAUUUUGAAAUUUUAUUUGAAAUGUCUUAAUUUUACAAAAUUAAAUAUCUUUGAUAUGAAUUCUACUGUUUGGAUCCGAAAACACAUGGCUGUAUGUAACGGGAAUAAUGGAAGAUUGUAGUCAAUGAUAAGUGAAUUGUCCUGAUGCCAGAAUGCUGCUUUUGAGUGUGUGUGCAUGGGAAUGUGUGUGUGUGUGUGUGGCAUUUGUCAUUUGCUUAUAUUUUAGUUAUAUAAUUAUGUAAAUACAGAAACAUACUAAUAUUAUAUUUGAUCUCUUUGCACAUUGUUGAUUUGUACAGGAUUGUACUAUAAGACUGCAAAAUUAAUAUUCGUCAUAUUUUGUUCAGGUCCCAAUCUAUGUAACUUUGCAUUGUUGAUUCUAAUUUAUUAAUUUGACUGUUAAAUCAUGUGAUUGAUUGUCUGAUUGGGACAGGAAUUGAAAAUAAUUUCUAUAAUAAGAGAAUAGUGUUAAUAUCAGGUGUUAUUGAUUAUGUUUAAAAAUAAAAAAAGCUGUUUAAAACUU